AUGUCGGAACCAAUCAAGAAAAAGAACGGUGAUAUUUCCAAGGCGCCAACUCCACAAAACACUCCAGCUAGUGUCACCAACUCAUACUUGAAAUCACAACCACCAACAGUACCAACAAUUGAAGAAGGCAAUGAAAAUAAGAUCAAUCAAACUUUGGCCAAUAAUCCAGUGUUAUUGUCUAUGAUUCAAGGUAAAUUGGGUGAUUUAGUGGGUAAGAACAGUGGGUAUGUUGCCAAUUUGCCUCCAGCGGUAAAGAAUAGAAUUUAUGGAUUGAAGUCAAUACAACAACAACAAAUGAAGCUAGAAACUGAGUUCCAAAAGGAGUUGUUGGAGUUGGAAAAGAGGUACUUCAAGAAAUACGAACCACUUUAUGCCAAGAGAAAGGAAGUUAUUGUAGGAGAUGUUGAACCCACUGAACAAGAAAUUGAAGAAGGAAAAGCUCUUGAAGAAAAGGAUGAAGAAGAAGACGAAGAAGACGAUGAUGAAAACAAAGAACAACAAGAGGAAGAAGAAUCAGCAGUUGGCAAAGAUGCAAGAGGUAUCCCAGGGUUCUGGUUAACUGCCUUGGAAAACCUAUCCACAGUUUCCGAAACCAUCACUGAUAAGGAUUCGGAAAUAUUGGAACAUUUAAUUGAUAUUCGUAUGCAAUAUUUAUCAACACCAGGAUUUGAAUUGAUUUUUGAAUUUGGUGAAAAUGAAUACUUGUCUAAUUCAAUCUUGACUAAAACUUAUCAUUAUCAAGCUGAAUUAGGUUACAGUGGAGAUUUCGUUUAUGAUCAUGCAACUGGAUGUGAAAUCAAUUGGAAAUCAAAGGAGAAGAAUCCAACCAUCAAUAUUGAAAGAAGGAAGCAAAGAAACAAAACCACUAAACAAACAAGAACUAUUGAAAAAAUAACCCCGACUGAAUCAUUUUUCAAUUUCUUUGACCCACCAAAACCACCAAAAGUUGAAGAAGAUGAGGCUGAGGAUGAUGAGAGGGAAGACGAAGACGAAGAUGAAGAUGAAGAUUUAGAAGCUAGAUUGGAAUUGGAUUACCAAUUGGGUGAAGAAAUUAAGGAUCGUUUGAUUCCUAGAGCAGUUGAUUGGUUUACUGGUGAUGCCGUUGAUUUUGCUUAUCCUGAUGAAUUUGAUGGUGAUGAAGAAGGCGAAUUUUCAGAUGAGGAGGGUGAAGAAGAAGAUGAUGACGAUGAUGAAGAAGACGAUGAUGAGGAUGGACAAGACGGUCAAGGUGAAAAGCAACCACCAGCUGAAUGCAAACAACAAUAA